AUGACGUGGCGACGGAAGAUGACUGAUGAGACAACUCCGGUGCGGCGGUUGUUUAAUACCUGCAAACAAGUGUUCUCUAAUGGCGGUCCUGGAAUUGUUCCUUCUGAUGAUAAAAUCCAACAACUACGAGAUGUUUUAGACAAUAUGAAACCAGAGGAUGUCGGAUUAACUCCGACCAUGCCGUAUUUCCGACAGAACACCGGACCUGAAAAUCUGUCUCCACCACCGAUAACGUAUCUCCAUUUAUACCAAUGUGAACAAUUCUCGAUUGGGAUUUUCUGUUUACCGCCUUCCGGUGUGAUUCCUCUUCAUAAUCAUCCAGGGAUGACAGUUUUUAGUAAGAUUUUAUUUGGUACAAUGCACAUCAAGUCGUAUGAUUGGGUGGUUGAUGCUCCAAUGAGAGAUUCGAAAACCCGGUUAGCGAAAUUGAAGGUGGACUCAACAUUCACCGCCCCAUGUAACGUCUCGAUUUUGUACCCGGAAGACGGCGGAAACAUGCAUCGGUUCACGGCGGAAACAGCGUGCGCGGUCCUAGACGUGCUUGGCCCUCCUUACAAUCUAGAAGGCAGACAUUGCACUUAUUUCCUAGACUUCCCUUUCAACAAAUUCUCAUCAGCGAACGGCGUCGUUUUAAGAGAUGAAGAGCAUAAGGAAGGUUAUGCAUGGCUACAAGAAAGAGAUGAUAAUCCAGAGGACCUUAACGUAGUUGGAGCCUUAUACACAGGCCCAAAUGUUGAGGAUUAA